GAUUGCAGAAAUCGUAGGAAUGGUAUUGGUGAAACAAUUGGUUAUAUAUUUAAUAAAUGUUUUGGUUGUGGAAGAAACGUACAAAUACCUUUGAAAAACUGAGGAACAUUUACCAACUCUUCUACGAAUCAUUACUAUCUCUAGGAACACAUAUUAAAAUUUAUAAUAGAGGCAAAAAUAAGGAUGUGAAAUUAAAUAUAUAUGAUAUAUAAAUUGAAAUGAAAAUAAACAUUUUCGUAACUAAUUAUUUAUGGAAUAAAAGUUAAGGUGAAAAAUGGAAACUAACUGAAAUCAAUUAUUACAUCAAAACACGUUUGGCUUUAUGGUAAAAUUACCUAGCCCAAAACGAAUUGAUAAAAGCGUACAGGCAGACGGUCAAAUGAAUCAAAACUAACCUAACUUUAGUAAAAUAGACAUUGGUUUAGUUGCGAUGUAAUGGCUAUUUCAACGGAUAUUAUCAAGUUUGUCUUAUUAAUAUUAAGCAUCACGGGAAGAAAGUUAAUUUACAACUCCAUCAAUGUGUAACAUUUAUUCAAAUGAAGUUUUAAUUAUAUCUUUCUGACAGGGUCUUAGGGACUAUUACUGUUAUGAAGUGGAAAGUGAGAUUACGCCCAGGAUCAACGUUAUUUAGUUUUAAAUACAAAUUGAUUAUUUUAUUGAGUUUCUUCUUAUUUAAUUGUGUAAAUUUAAUUGAAAUUAAUGCAGAGUCAGUGGUUGCUUCUGAUCAUUCUGAUCUGUGUAAGGAGACAUCUACACCUACCUAUGUCAAAGUAUCUUUUUCCAGCCAUGUAGUAAGCAAUGAGUACAUAGUGGCAUUCAAGGGAUACUACAAAAGUUCAGCCAGAAAUAAGUUCAUAGCAGCUGCGUUAAAUGGAAGUGAAAUACAAAACUGGAGAGUUGUGGAGAGAAAUAAUCCAGCCAGUGACUAUCCCAGCGACUUUGAUGUUGUUAUUUUAGAGGAACCUGAUGGUGUGAGCGGUUUGAGUGCCCUGAGUGAUCAUCCCUCAAUUCGUCGAGUAACACCUCAACGGAUUGUUCAUCGAACUCUUCAAUAUAUUCCAGGUGACAGUGAAGCCAACGUGACGAAAGAAGAAAGCUUCAACAACACAUGGCCUCAACGAAGACUUUCAACUGCUUCGAAAAACCAAUUUUGGCACUCAACUGGACGACAUACAAGUCGUCGAUUAUUGAGGGCUAUCCCAAGACAAAUAACCACAAUCCUGCAAGCUGACGCCCUAUGGGGAAUGGGUAUUACAGGAUCAGGUGUAAAAGUAGCAGUAUUUGAUACUGGACUGUCAAAGACUCAUCCUCAUUUCAAGAGGAUAGCAGAACGUACAGACUGGACCAACGAGAAAUCCUUAGAGGAUGGACUGGGACACGGAACGUUUGUGGCAGGUGUUAUAGCUUCAGCUAAAGAGUGUUUAGGUUUCGCCCCUGACUCAGAACUUCAUGUUUUCAGAGUGUUCACAAAUAGCCAGGUGUCGUACACGUCUUGGUUUUUGGAUGCUUUCAACUACGCAAUACUGAAACGGAUCGGAGUUCUCAACCUAAGUAUCGGAGGACCAGACUUCAUGGAUCAUCCAUUUGUUGACAAAGUCUGGGAACUGACUGCAAACCGAGUCAUCAUGGUUUCUGCCAUUGGCAACGAUGGACCUCUUUACGGGACUUUAAAUAACCCUGCUGAUCAAAUGGAUGUCAUUGGUGUUGGUGGUAUCAAUUUUGAAGAUCAAAUUGCCAAAUUCUCUUCGAGAGGCAUGACAACAUGGGAACUACCUCAGGGGUAUGGCCGUGUGAAGCCUGACAUUGUAACCUAUGGAUCCGGUGUAAGAGGAUCCAGUAUCCGAGGCAGCUGCAGAACACUAUCCGGGACCAGUGUAGCUAGCCCAGUGGUAGCUGGGGCAGUCACACUUCUGGCGAGUGGGGUGCUGCAUCGGGGCAAUGUAAUCAACCCUGCUAGCAUGAAACAGGCUCUGAUGGCGUCAGCAAGGCGGCUACCAGGUGUUAACAUGUUCGAGCAAGGUCACGGUAAGCUGGACUUGCUCAAAGCUUACCAAGUCCUUAACAGCUAUAAACCCCAGGCCAGCUUCAGUCCGAGCUACAUAGAUCUGGGAGAGUGUCAGUACAUGUGGCCUUACUGCACUCAGCCGCUAUAUCACGGAGCCAUGCCGACCAUUGUGAAUGUGACCAUACUCAACGGCUUGGGUGUGUCAGGACGUGUGCUGGGCAAACCUCAGUGGUACCCCUACACUCCCCAGUAUGGCCAUUACCUUGAGGUGUCACUUACAUACUCGGAGGUUUUGUGGCCUUGGUCAGGGUGGCUGGGAGUGAGUAUAGCAGUAGCAAGGGGUGCUGCCUCGUGGACAGGCAUAGCCCAGGGUCACAUAGAGCUCACGGUAGAAUCCCCCCCAGAGGAAGGGGAGAGUCUGCCGAGAACUUCCACCAUCAAACUGGCGAUCAAAGCCAACAUCAUCCCUACACCUCCUAGACAAAAGAGAAUCUUGUGGGAUCAAUACCAUAAUCUGCGCUAUCCGCCUGGUUACUUCCCAAGAGAUAACUUGCGCAUGAAGAACGAUCCUCUGGACUGGAAUGGAGACCAUGUGCACACGAAUUUCAAGGACAUGUAUCAACAUGUUCGCAACAGUGGAUACUACAUUGAGGUGCUUGGGACAACAUUCACAUGUUUCGACGCUUCUCAGUAUGGAGCCCUACUGAUUGUAGACCCUGAAGAGGAGUUCUUCCCAGAGGAGGUUGGAAAGCUGAAGAGAGAUGUGGACGCUGGUCUGUCACUGAUUGUGUUUGCUGACUGGUACAACAUCACUGUAAUGAAGAAAGUGAAGUUUUUUGAUGAAAACACAAGGCAGUGGUGGAUGCCGGAUACAGGAGGAGCGAAUGUCCCUGCACUUAAUGAUCUGCUAUCCUCCUGGGGAAUAGCAUUCAGUGACCGGGUUUUUGAAGGAGACUUUAACCUGGGAGAGCAUAGCGGGCAUUUUGCAUCUGGCACUAGCAUCGCUCAGUUUCCUUCCUCUGGGCUCCUGGUUGCUCUGCCGUUGAAGGAUCAAGGUGAAGAGAUGUUGGCUAAAGAAGGAUCCAGCAGCCCUGAGAAGGAGACAGUUCCUGUCCUUGGUUUCUUGCAAAGUCAGGCUCAGGAGAAGAGUGGGCGAAUAGUGGUUUACGGAGAUUCCAACUGCCUUGACAACAGUCACUUAACAAAAGAUUGCUUUUGGAUGCUUGAUGCAAUUCUGGAGUAUACUUCGUCUGGGCACAUGCCUUCUAUUUUCACCCGGAACAAGGCUGAAAUGCCAAAACCAGCUGUGGAGCUGCCGCAACGAAUGAAGGGAAAUAAUUUGUACAGAUACUCGAAAGUGUUGGAAAAUCACAUGGGAAAUCCACAAGUUCGCCCACUCCCCCCUUGUCCUCAUCUUGUAUGGGCUCCUGCUAACCCCUUGAACAAAUCUGCACCUACGAAUCUGUACAAGUCCCAGAAGCUGUUGUCACUGUCGCUGGAGGGAGAUAUGCCAGUGUGGGAUAUGGGCGGUGUGUGGCGACGAGAGGAUGUAAGUCUUCCUGACUAUCUAGGCGAGGACGAGUUGUCUUCUCUCCCAGCUGUGUUACUGGUGGUGCUGCUGCUGGUAGUGUUGUGUGUAGUCUACAGGUUCUUGCGGUGUCGGACACGACCCCGCCGCAAGCGUCAGACUCGCCUGCGUCGCUUCAUGACCUCUAUUCGAGUGCCUGCUGUGUGAUUGCUUUAGACUAGCAGUUAAGUUUGGUCUGUUGUGAAUAGUGAUGAAACAAAUUCAAAAAUUGUUGAAUACAAUCCAAACGUGGUUUCCGUAAUAUCAUCUCUAUAUUCAGCCAAAAUUUGAUUCAGGAUUUUUGCUGAAUCACAUGUAAUAUCAGUCAACCAUAGGUGUCUUCCAAUAGUGAGAAAAUACUCGUACAAUAUAUAAUCAAAUAUUUUAUUUUAUAAACCAUAAAGAUGAAUUUAGUGCAAUGUAAUUCAAACGUUCUUAGAUAUCUUUAGUAAGACUCCCAUUUUCCACUAGUUCCACAUUUUAUCAAUAGCACUCUCAACAAAUGAAGUAUCCAAAUAAGCUCUGCGCUCUCAUGAAACAUGAGAAAAAUGAAGUCAUACUUAAAACAAGUUAAAUAUGAAAAUGAAUCUUAGUCAUUGUUCACCUCUUAUUUUUACAUUCCUUCAUUGAAAAUCUUUACAAUCAAAAUUUGAAUUGUUUGUGAUGCCAAAAUAUUUAAUUAUUGGGUUCGGACAUAUCUCUAAAUAUGUACUCUCAAAUUCAGAUCUAUAUUUACUACUGAUACAUUCUGACUGUAUAAAACUCUAUCGAAAAACAUGUCUACCAUUGUAAAACAAGCUGAAAGUUGAAUUACAUAUCCUCCAACCAGGUCUGAAAACUUUGAAAUCAUCCAUGAAAAUAAUUUCCUCUCCACAACCUUGAUACGUCCUCUGUCACCUCUGUGUAAUUCCAAGCAAUGGUGGCAUCCAUUGGCUUCGAGCCAAUGAUCUGUAGAAAUUCCUUUUUUAAUCUGGUAGUUCAUAUCACAUGGUCAUACCCAAAUUUAGUGAAAAUCCAAUAGCUAAAAGCUUCUUAAAAAAGAGAUGAUUAUGGAGAUUUUUUUAUAAUGCUUUUUGACUGCUGAUCACUUUAGCUCCCAUAAAACCACGUUGUUAAAGAGACAAGAUAGUACACUUUAUUAUAAAUAAAGCCGUGCACAUUAUCUUCAAAUAUCUCUAUAUACGAAAGGCAAAGUCCUAACUUACUCAUCACUAAUUUUCCAACUAACCAAAAUUACAGAAAGUUGAAAUUCUGCUCAGGUAUCCCUCAUGACUUAAAUAAAAAGUUAUUUUCAUAAAGAUCACACAUUUAUAGGAGUUGAAAUGAGAUUGCUAUCCCUAAAAGAACUAUGUUUUGUUUUUCAACUCCUCAAUGUCCUAGAAAAGUGUAAUUUGAUACUCAUUGUGUAUUAAACCCUCAACAGAAUACAUUAGAUUGGAGAUAGAUUACAUUGGCCGGAAGUAGGUGAUUUUAAAGGGAGGAGGGUUCACUUUUGAUUGGUUUA